CCAAGCGAAGGAAGGGGAGGGGGUUUGUUUCAAAAAUUCACCGCACCAGCUUCUCCCUCCUUCGCCGGUUCGCCUGCACGCCGCCGCACGACCCCGACCCCCUGCCUCUCCCGGAAACCCCGUCUGGCCGUCGCCCCCUACACCGCCUCCUCUUCGUUCGUCGACCAUCGCCCCCUGCCUCCUCUUCCUCCUCAGCGAGAUCUGGGAGAGGGGCAGGCGGCGGGCAGCUACGGCCAAGAUUCAUUCCAGGCGGGUGGGGAGGUCGCCCGCGCCUCGCCCUCCUCGUCGGCUCGGCUCCCGAGGAGAGUAGGGAGGCACUUCCUCCUCACCGGCAGUCCGGCACGCCCGCGCCCCUUCCUCUGCUCCUCUUCGCGGCGAGUCGAGUAGAGCAGGCAGCCGAGCCGGCGCUUCCUCCUCUUCACUGGAGCCCCGAGCAAAGGACGGCCCAAGCACGAAACUUCUCUUCGCCGGAGCCUGAGCAGCAGAGACGCCCGCCAGAACCAGAAUGGUGAGGGGUCUCGGCCCUCGACGCCGCUUCUCGGCGGGCCCUUAUCCCGCCGCAGCCCGUGGCGAUGAGAAUGCGCCGCCGCCGGAUGGAUUCAACGCCGCGCUGUCCACAUCGGGCGCCACAGGGCCCGGUGCCGCCUCCCGGCUCCCCUUCCACCCCCGCGCCAUACGGCCGCCACUGGCAUCGUCCUCGUCCAUGUACAACCGGAAGCCCCAGUUGCCGGCGCCGACGCCCAAGAAGGUUUCUGGGGUUAGGGCUGCGGGCAACACACCGGCGCGGCAGAGUGUAGCGAGGACUUCCCUCGAGCUGACGAAGAAGCCUUCGUUCAGCUUGUUGAGGAGGUCUGUGGAUGUGCUACCUUUCAAGGUCAAAGAGAGCAUCUCGUUCUGGGAGGGGGAGGUGAACUACAAGGUACAGAAUUCUUUGUCCAAAUAUGCCCCUGUUACACCUGCAAAUCUAGAAGCCUGUUCUGAUGAAGGUUUCAUGAGGAACACAGAAACUAAGUUAAUCCUGGAGCUGGAAUGGGACAUACUUAAAACCAUUCUCGUGGAAGAGUUGAAAUCCCGUGCAGAAGUUGAGGACAGGACAGCUGCUUUAGGUGAUGAGCUCAAAGAAGCAAAUUUCCGUAUGCUUGAAGCUUGCAGGCAGAAAGAAGCCAUACAGGAGGAACUGAAUGGCACAAGAGACGCUCUUGAAUCUGAUCUGUUUGAUCUGAUACAAGAAUCAAAGAAGCUGAAGAAGGCUAAUGACAAAAGCCUAGAGCUUCUCCAGGAGAGGGAUAUGGAAAUCCAGAGAUUAAACAGUGAGCUUGAGAAAGCAAACUUCAAUAAAAAGCACCAACAAGAUCAUGUAUCUUGCAGUUCUGCUGAGCAAGAAAAGAAUGAUGUCUCUAGGCAGGUUCAGGUUCAAACUAAGCUGAUCACAUACUUAGCAACAGAGCAGUCAUCAAUCCAGCUGCAGCUAGAAGCCAGUAAGAAUAAUGAGUUGUUGGCCAAACAAAACCUUGGUGAAAUUGAGCUUUUAUUGGAUGAAGCAAUUGAAACAAUUAUGCAGAAGGAGGUUCUUGCACAAAACUAUGCUUCAUUGUUGGAGUCACAACAAGAGCAGUCAAAGAGUUACUACGAAGGUAGGUUUAAAGAACUGGAGACAAUGAUGCAAGAAAUGAAUGAUCAGGUUGCUGCAUCACUUAUUGCAAGGAAUAAAGAGAUAAGGAAGACACAUGCUGAAGAGAAGAAUGAAAUAUUGAAACAGAAUGAAGUGCUUGAGAGGUCUAUUGAGGACUUGAGGGAUGAUAUGUAUUUUUUGGAAGAGGAAGCUAAGAAAUUCAAAGAAGACGCACGGCAACAAAGAAGGGAGCGAGAAAAACUAGAAAUAGAGCUGCAUAAUCUCCGACAACAAUCGCUAGUUGCGCGAUCCUCUGGGAAAGCAGAGUUCUCCUUGAAAGAUGGAAUGACUAAUCUAGCUGACUCAACCAGGGUCCUAAGUUAUAGAAAUAAUGAGCUACUGUGUUCACAUGUGAGUCCGAGAAUAUGUCGAAAGGAGGCUUCUGAUAAGGAAUCAGUGGUGGCUGAGCAGUUGGAUGGGGAGAUGGCGCAGCCGCAUUUAUCACAUGAAGAAUAUCAGCCAGAGAGCUCACAGUUUGAGCAUCCCAGCCCAGCUGAGCAGCCUGAGUUAUACAGCAAUGGCACAGACAGUGAUCAGGCACCCUCAGAGUCCGAGGCAGGGGAGCAAGUGCCACCUCAAGCCUUAAAGCCAAUAAUAGAGGUUGUGGAGGAAAAGGAGCUGCCUCCACUUGCUCCAGUGCAGGACAGAAAGCCCUUGGAUUAUGCUCUGGCCCCUUCCGAUGAGCUUAAGAGGCUCAGAACUAUUAACCACUAUGAGGGGCAGAGGACAGCGACAGACAGGAGGUUCUGGUCCAUUGAGCAGCAGGACUUGUACAGCUCCAUAUAUAAGAGUGCUAAGAUAUUUGAAAUGAAGUGGAUUGACUGGGAGCAUAUUCGUAGUGUAGAUCAGUUUGCUGGUAUCAGGGAGCGAUGUGCCUUUCUGGGGCUUGAGCAGAUCAUGGGUUAUCGCUGUGCUUGGGACACUGAGCUAAUUAGACAGUUUUACUCUACGGUUCAUAUCAGCACGGACAAGAGCUCCAUAACUUGGAUGACUAAUGGCAGAAAGAUCACUACGAACAAGAGAGCAUGGGAGGAAUUGUUUGGCAUUCCUUGCGGUGUUCAUAGUGAGAUUCACACACAGUUUUGGCUUGAUGAUGAUGACAAAAGGAUCCUGUACACUGCUGCAGAUUGCACAAUUGGCCAAAUCAGUGGUCUCUCCCCUUUGACAAUUAUAGCCAAAAAGAUUGUCUGGUCAACCAUCUAUCCCAGGUCUGGAAACAAUAUUGAUGGACAUAACUGGAACCUCUUGUAUCAUAUUGUGAAGCAGCAACCAUUUGACGUCAUUGCUUUGCUCUUCGGUGAAAUAGAUUUGAUUAUUUCAGGUCGCAAUGGUCUUAAGGACCUGCUGUUUUAUGCGCCAUAUAUCAUGGGGAUGAUUAUGAGCGCUUUUGAAUAUGACGGGUCUAGAGAAUCCAGGCACAACUCAUACAAGCCCAGGCCUUCCUACAACUACAAGCAAAAACGGAGGAAUAGAUUCAGUUGUCCCCCGACACCUGCAGUAGCUGCCCCAUCUGAGUCACCACUUUCAGCAUUUCAGCCAGAGAUUGUGGUCGAUGUUGAUGCAGACAACCAUCACCAGUUUGACACAGCUGGACAUAAGCCCCAGGGAGAUAACCGUCACACAAACAGAUCUUCAGGUUGUGGAGGACACAGACUCAGGCCUAUAAGGCACUCACUAGCCGAUGUUUCAGCUCAGCCAGCCUUUGUGAGGCCAAGCCCGUUUGGGAGAUUUCCUUGGUAUCAACGGGAGAAGUGAUGGUUGUAGUGUGAAUAGGGCAGUUGCACUCAUUUCUCAGUUAUUUUGUGUAUAUAUCUCUGACUUGGUAACCAUUCAGAGCUCCAGUAAUUUUCACAUGCAACUCGUGAUGUGAAACAUUGGGGAUUAUGGUGUUCCUGUGAUUCCGCACUUUUAUAUUGACUUGAGUUUCUUUCAAGUUACCCGAUGCUGACUAGAUAAAACAACUUCAUAUUUGUUGUUA